CGCCUCUUCGCUCUCCUUUCUCCUUGCCACUCAUCGUCACCCAUUCCGUCCCGACGUCCACAUCAACAUGCCACACGCCACCUUUGGUGUGCUGGCGUCCACAGUCACUUCCAACGGCCUCCGACAGCCCAGUGCCUCUCUCCACCGACCACAACCAGUGUCGAACGCUACCCUCCAGGGUCACCGCCUAACUUGUGUUCAUUGCCAGGAAGCCGACCAACCACAUUAGUGCAAGAUCAUCACUAAGCCGCAUCCGUCCCACAUCACCGUCAUGUUCCAGCCUUCGAGCCACGAUUGUGUUUCGAAUUGUGUGAUUUGUGUCUAGUUUCAUUGGUGUUAUUAUAGUUCGGCCUGUGUGCCGAGAUCCUAUUCCGGCCUGCGUGCCAAAGUUUUAUCCUGAUCUGUAUGCCAGUGUCACCUCCCGACUUGCGUGUCGUUGUCUUAUCUCGGCCUGCGUGUCGAAGUUAUAUGUCGGCCUACGUGCCGAUGUCGUAUUCCGGUCUGCGUGCCGCUAUUAUAUCCCGACCUGCAACUCGUUUUCUGGCUCCGUGUCGUAUCCAGUUUCACGUCGUCAGAUCCAGCUCUCCACCUUGAUCGGGCGUCUACUCUUCCGGGUCCCGACAACUCAAGUAGCGUCCCAUCCGAGGACGCUCCUUUGGGCCAGGGUACGUCUUCGUACUCGCCUUUCAUUUAUUUCAUUAUUAUAUUAUUAGCCUGUUACUUAUAUGUUCGUUGGAUCCGCCUCGAGCCUCGAGGUACUAGGGACCGAGGGGGAGACCCGAUCGCUGGCUGCAAGUAGCAUUGACCAGAGGACUUUUGAAUAUUUGGUCAACACAGAAGACAUCUCAGCACACCCCUCCUCCGGGACAUCGCGACUCGCGGUGAUCCAUGGAAAUUGGAAUCCCCAUCCCGAAACACUAAAUAAGGUGAUGAAAAUGCUUGAAGGUGCUCGUAGCCUUCUCAAACCAGAAGGCAUCUUUAUUUCAAUUUCUUUUAGACAGCCACAUUUCCGCGGCCGCUAUUUGAAAGAACCGGCUUUACUAGAGUGGAAGACCUUUGAGGAAGGUUUCCAUUAUUUCUUCUGCAUUCUAAGAAAGGGGAGGCGGACAUUGAAAAGUGAUGAUUCUGAAAAUGAAAGAUUGAGUGAUCCGUCUAUCAAUUUAUUACACGAAGAGCUGGAGGACGAGAAUUACAUGUUCCAUUCCACCUUAUGCAAGGAGCUUGAGAACUAA